ACAAGCGAGCCUUGCCAAAUGUAGCCCAAAAAAAGGUUUACAUGUACAUGUACAUGUAUAUUUGAAGUGGGUUGCAGUGUCCCAACAACGUGCAAGAGUAGUGCUUUGCUGUCUUUACGCAUCAGUUGAGAAAGGAUCUAUGCAAACACUGGGACUAUGCAAAUACUAUGACACAGGUGGAGUGACCGGUACUUGGAACCGUCCAUUUUUUGGUAGAUUGGUGUGUGUACAUGGGAAGCCAUUGAAUAUGCUCAGACUAUGAUGACAAGAGUUCAGUCCGGUUUCUUGACCGGAAGAACAUCAAGCAAGUGGAUUAUCUCUGGACAGGGAAGAAAAAGAAAAAAAAGAAGUCCGCUUUCAGACUGCCAGGAUGAAAACUUUCCAUCCUCUCUCUGGGAGUGCAGAAAAGUAGAACAAAUGAACGUGUUCAACAUUUUCAUGGAGCUUUUUUGACUGAGUUGAUAAUGAAAGCAUGCAGUAGGGAUUUGAUUUGAUGGGUCACAAUGGACUCCAACAACCCUGAAGGCUUUGAUUGGUUGGUCCGAGGGAAGACGACAAAUCUCCCAUCGCAAGACUCCAACGUGGUCCGCGUGUUCCUCAGCUCAACUUUCACAGACACAAUCCACGAGAGAAAUCGACUUUUGAAGGAUGUCUUUCCUGACCUGCAGAAGUACUGUCAGGGGAAAGGACUGGAUUUUGAGGUGGUCGACAUGAGAUGGGGAGUACGAGACAAUGCCACGGCCGAUCACCUGACCUCUGCACUGUGUAUUAAGGAGAUUGAGGCAUGUAAACGGCUGUCUAUGGGACCCCACUUUGUGGGAUUUCUGGGAAAUAAAUACGGCUAUCGACCAUUGCCUCCAGUGAUUGAUUCGGCCCAGUUUGACAAGCUGGUCCAAUCUAUCCAAUCGUUGGGGGUAGACGUUGAGGAGGUCCAGCUGCUGACCGAUUGGUACGUCCAGGACACCAAUGCCACGCCCCCUGUGCAUGUCCUCCAGACAAUCACGUCAUUCCUGCCAAACUUCUACAAUGCCGAGCAGCCCGAGUUGCAGCAGAAGGAAAGAGACAAUUGGUGGAAGAUCUUUGGGAGGCUGCAGAGGAUUUUGCAGAGGGGAGCCCGGGCUGCCGUCAAAGAUGGACUCAUCACAGAAGAAGAAUCGAUAGCUUAUUUUGAAUCAGUGACUGAAAUUGAAGUGAGGCACGGUUUGAUGGGCGCCGUCGACCCGUCUGCCAGCUGUCUUUUCUUCCUACGUGAUCUGGAGGGUUUGGGUGUCAAGAUGGAAGAUGAGGCCACAAGGUUCUACCUGGACAUUCAUGAAGAUGGUGAAGUCGACAAAGAUGCCCAGGCCUCCUUGGCGAAUCUCAAGACCAAUUACCUGCCAUCCAUCGUGGGAGAGGAAGCCAUAGAUAGGUUCACCCUUCCCUGGACCCCGUCCGGUAUCGACCCCACCCACCCCGUGCACGCCCGGUACCUGGACAACAUCUGUACCAGGUUUAGGGAAGGCAUCAAAGGCAUGAUUGACAGGAGCUUGGAGCAGAGGUCAAAGGUGAAAAAUAAAGCCGCGGCUGCUCUCUAUGAAGAGCUCUUGCAUCACGCUAAGUUUUGUGAAACAAAGUGCAGCGUGUUCCAUGGACGGCAGGAGCUCAUGACCAACAUCCGGGAGUUCCUGUCACCCAAGCCGGGCAAGCCGUUGGUCGUACACGGAGUCUCAGGGUCGGGCAAGACCUCGGUCAUGGCAAUGCUGGCCAGGAAUGCCUGUGACUGGCUGAAGCAGGAACUGGUGGUGAUACUGCGAUUUCUUGGCACGUCGGGGCCAAGUACCGGGAUACACUCUGUGCUUCAAACGAUAUGCGGGCAGAUUUGCUACGCUUACAAUUUGGAACAACCAGACUGUACCACUCUUCAUGAUUACACAGAGCUAACAAAAUUCUUCAGAAAGCUCUUAGCCACUGUGGGCACAGCGGAGAGGCCUCUGUUGCUGAUUUUUGACAGCAUCGAUCAGCUUUCUGCUGCCAACGAUGCCCAUGCCAUGAACUGGCUGCCCAUGUCAUUUCCAUCGCAUGUGCUGAUUGUGGCAUCCAUGCUCUCUAAGGACGAGCACAGAUGCCAGGAGAAGAUUCGACUUCUCCUCCAGGACGACGGCUGCUAUCUCGAGAUGCAGCCAGUGCCCCAAGAGACUGGGCUUGAGAUUCUUAGCAGCUGGCUGGAUGCCAAACAUCGCAAGCUGACAGAGGAUCAGCUGGCCCGAGUAUCCGAGGCCUUCUCCAAGUGCCCUCAACCGCUGUUUCUUAAGCUGCUGUUUGAACGAGUCCUCCACUGGAAAUCCUACACCAGCACGUCCUCCGAGAAGAUGCUGCCAUCCAGUGUCCGCGAAGCCAUCACGGACCUCUCUGAGGAGUUGGAACACCGGCAUGGUCAGAUCGUUAUCUCGCACGCCCUGGGUUACAUCUCGGCUACCAAGAGUGGCAUCACAGAGGCAGAAAUUGAGGACGUCCUGUCCUGUGACGACGAGGUGCUGAACGACGUGUACCAGUAUUGGGACCCCCCUGCGGAGAACAUUGUGCGAACACCGCCCUCUCUCUGGAAGAGAAUCCAUUAUGAUGUCAGCGAGUUUUUGUCUGAGCGUCAGUCAGGAGGCAAGACUGUUGUUGCAUGGUAUCAUCGUCAGUUCAUUGAGGCAGCAGAUGACCGCUACCUCAGCCGAGAAGAAAUUGUCUCGGCACGCCACCAACUCCUUGCAGAAAUGUUCCUGGGCUCUUACAGUGUAGGCACGGUUCGACCGAUCACCUUGCACAAACGCAAGAAGGUUUUUUCAGAUGCCGAUCGGCAGGUGGCACCGCAGCCCUUGGAGUUCAGCAAAGGCUUCUACAACAGGAGGAAGCUGAUUGAGCUGCCCCAUCACCUGGCCGAGGCGGGCAUGCUGGCGGAGUUGAUCUCUCACGUUCUCUGCAACUUCAACUGGCUCCUGACCAAGUUGGUGUCCUUCAGCUUCCUAGAGCUGAUGACAGAUUUCCACCAGGUCAGCGAGGAAAUAGUCAUCCUCGUAGAGACCAUGUACCUGGCCAGCAGUAACCUCAAGGCUGAUCCCUACUCCCUGGCUGGACAGUUGAUUGGACGGAUUGGUGAUUAUGGCAGCAAAUUUCCUAACUUGGGGAUGUUGAUUCAGCAGGCUAAAGAUUGGAUGAGGAGCACUAACCGCCCACUCUUUGUUCCCUGCGCACCGUGUCUGAUACCUCCAGGAGGGCCCUUGCGCACCGUCUUUGGAGGCCAUCCUAGUUUGGUCUUGAAAGUGAUGUGCACACCAUCAGGGGAGCUGAUGCUGUCUGCUUGUCUGGACUCAGAGGGUCACCCAAUGUUCAACGUCUGGAACUUGUCCACUCUGGAAGUUGUUCAUACAUUGCAGAGGAAGAAUGACAGGGCUCCUCUGGUCAAAAACAGCAAAGUAAACAUGUGCGUCACCCACAGUGGCCGAUAUGCAGUCUUUGGCAAGAACUCCCUGGCAAAGUUUGAUUUGGUCACCGGGGAGUGUCUUGGGGAGUUGGAAACCGAUGGCCUGACGAGCUUUAGCAAUCUCCAGGUUGACGACGAAAAUUCCAAGGUAUUUGCUUGUGCUGAGCCAGGGAACUUGGCAUGCGUUUGGAGCUUUGCUGACGGCAAGAAAAUCGCAUCCAUGCAACAUCCUGAAGAGGUUAUCUUCAUCAUUCCAGUACAUGGAGAAAACCUGCUCUCUGUCUGCAAAGAAGGGAAGCUUAGAUUGUGGUCUUUGACAUCAUAUGAGUGCACAGUUUGCCAAGAUGGGUACGAUGAUGGCAAGAGGGUGACCUGGGCUGGUCUUAACCCAGACGCUAAUCGUCUUGUGACAGGCAGCUCAGAUGGCCAGAUCAAAAUCUGGUCAAUGCCGCUGUCUUUCCCUCCUCCAUCCUCAGGAUGCUUUACCUUAGAGUCAGAGUUCUCAGCAUCCGUCAAAGAGCCACUCUUGAGUGUUGUGGUCCACUCAGACUCUACCUUUGUGCUCCGAGACAGCAGCAGCAUCUCUCGAAUCUGUCACCUCAUCCCGGGGGAGGAUCCAACGAUCAUUGACCUGAAGGGACACGAUGGAUUGAUAACGUGCACCUGGACUCAUCAAGGAGUUUUGGGCAGUGGCGACGGACCGUCGUUUUUGAUCACCGGGUCAAAGGACGACACCUUGAAAGUCUGGAACCUGGAGGACGGGAGAUGCCUCAACACACUGAAGGGGCAUUCAUCCUGGAUUUCUGAUGUUACUGUAGUGACCAUGGCAGAUGGUUCCCGAGUAUUGUCAGCCUGUAAUGACAAAACUGUGAAGAUGUGGAUACCAACCAAAGGAGAGGUGACAAAAAGAGACUGUCAUGAGCUAUCUGGCCAAUGCGUAGCAUUGUAUAAGGGUACAAGCUCUGUAAUCGGUGUGUCAGGAAGUAAGGAUAAACAGACUAAGUUCUGGAACUUGUGUUUGGAUGAUGCCGAAUGCUUCAAGUCUAUAAGCUGUGCUUCUGUUGUCAUGGAGAUCCUGGAAGCGCAGGAGACUGUAGUCUGUGGCACCGACACUGGUGAGGUGGUAGCUUUCCAGUUAGAAACAGGCUCCGAAGUCUGGCGCCGACCUCUCUUCAAGAAGGGCAUUACAGCAAUGGCUCUGGCCCCGAGGCAGACCAUUCUUGUCGGCUCCAAGGAUGUGUCUGACAAAUCGGUCAGGGUGUGCGACGGGUCAAACCAACUGGAGGAGAAAUUUCGGCUGGACGGUCACUCAGAGGCCACCACCAUCCUGAGAGCAGUGAUCAAUCAGGAGAAUCCAAUGUACCUGUCUGCCUCCAAGAUGGCUGGAGAGGUCAAGGCAUGGGAUGACCUUAUGGGCAACUGUCUGGCUACUAUGACACAUGCACAGGUCACAUCCAUGGAGGUAUCACCCAACUGCAGGUUUGUGGCCUCUGGUUCCAACGCCGGCACCAUCAAAGUCUGGUCCCUGGGCAGGACUUCCCUGGGCAGCCUGAUGGCGGAACUGACCGGCCUGUACAGUGACACCAUCGUCUGUUUAGCCUUUGAUCAACAGAGCCAUUACCUGGUUUCAGGGGCACACGUCGGCCGGGACCAGUUGCUGAUUUGGGAUUUCCAAGGGAAUAAGAGGAGGUACUUGGUUGGUCACACCCACGCUGUGAUGUCAGUCAGCGUGACAGCCAAUAACAAGUAUGUCUUGAGCAGCUCACGAGACUGCACCAUCAAGGCUUGGAGUCUGGAACACGCCAACCUGCUGGCUUCAUUUGACUGCCAGUCACAGAUUAAAUUCUUCAAAUAUGUGGAGAUUGCUGAAGACCACUACCGUUUCAUCGCCACAAACCAGUCAGGUACCAUCGCCAUGCUGGACCUAUUACUGGAGGAUGCUGAUCGAGGUAUGACGGAUAAGCAGGGUACUAGACAGAGCUUGAACUUGCAGCCCUUGAGGUCGGAGGUCAGCCCUGGGGUCAGUGGGAAUGCCUCUAAUGGUUCAAGUCCUUACAAUAGUCGUUAUGAAAACAACCAAAAACGUAAGAAAAAAUUGUCAAAAAUUUGUGUAACAGUCUAACAUGACGUAUGAGAAAAAAACUUCUGGUUAAGCAAUUGUCAUAACAUAAUAUCCAUCAUGUCUCUUGCAACAAAUGCGUGCAAAUACUUUCAUAAUGAAGUGCCUUAAAGAUUUUUUACAUGAGCAGUCUAAAAAUUGGGGCCUGAAGUGAGUCUGUGUGGGAAUUGUAUAUGCUUAGAAUACUUAAGACAUUACAAAUUCAUCUAACGAGAUUACAUUGUGAAGCAGUAUUGAUAUAUUUUUGACCAGAUAACCUAUACUAUUUCAACGAGGUGUGUGAGGCUUUGUAGUUCUUGUCAAACAACUUUAUUUUUAUAGUGAUAUUAAAGAAUUCUUUGCAAUGUAUUGUUUUGAAUACAAACAUCCAGGAUGCAUCUUUGUGUCUUAGUUGACCUCAUUUUCAAUUGAAGGGUAUUUUGUUGCCUUUGUGUUUUGUUUUGCAUUUUGCAAAUAUGUAUUUCCAUAUUCAUGAGUAAAAGUGUGACAUCAUCCUGAGAAGAAAACCUCACUGGUGCAUUGGUUUGUGUGCAAAAAACUUACAGCAUUUGUCAAAGAUUUUGCUGGACUGAAUUCAUUUUUUCUUUGGAGAAAUAAGAAUGUUAAGAAACGUGUUCUCAGACGUGUUUGCAGUGUGAACAUUCUGGAUUCAUAAUAUGAACAGAAAUGCGUAGAGGUUUGCGCGUGUAUAGAGGGGCUUGUGGGGUACCGCAACAAUGGGAAGUACCCCAUAGGGUACUUGUGGGGUACUGAGAUGGUACCCGACAAGGAUUUCACGAAAUAGAUAU